AUGCGAGUGUUCGUCACUGUGGGCUCGACAAAGUUUGACGCCCUGGUGCAAAAGGUGUUGACAGACGAGGUCCUGUCGGCACUGAAGAAGCGGGGGUAUAGCGAAAUCGUCGUCCAAUGCGGCAACUCGUUCUUUGCGGGACACGAUUCUGUCGGUGAUGUAGAACACGUUGUCCAACGAGGCUCAGUUACGGUCACAAUCUGGAAGUUCAAGCCAUCUCUAGAAGAAGAAUAUGAGAAAGCUGAUUUGGUUAUAAGUCAUGCAGGUUCAGGGACGAUCCUCGAUGUCUUGAGGCGAGGAAAACCGAUGAUAGUCGUGCCAAAUCCGACAUUAUUGCACAACCACCAACAGGAACUAGCGGAUGCCCUCGCAGACCAGGGGCAUUUGAAGGCAAGCAACGUCCAUGGCCUCGCCCAAGCAAUCGAGGAAUUUGAAACCUCAGCUCUUGUGCCUUUCCCUCAGUUCGAUGGAACACGCUUUGCGAAAAUCUUGGAUGAGACGAUGGGGUUUACAUAGACUGUGAUGGUGGUAGCGGAUGAUGUCGUGACGAGCGACGGCGGCUGAGCGUCCGACGCACACUUCAUCCACGACCAUCAUCUCCAAUCUUAUCAAAAAUUCAAUGGGGCCAAAAGUCGUCGAACCCGUCGACGUCGCAACAGACAAUCCAGCAGAUUUCGAAAACGAAAACGUUCACAACAUCUACGAUGCAAUAGCCAGUCACUUUUCAUCGACCAGGUACAAGGUAUAUACAAAACGUUCUACGCUUGGACAAUGAGAAUAAUCAAUCAAGAUAACG